AUGAUAAUGAAGCUCAUGGUUGAAAUCAACAAACGCCAGAUAAGAAGAGCAACCGGAGUCGGCAUAAAAAUGGGUGGUUUGAAAGCGGUGGCAGUCAUCACCGGCGGCGAAAACUCCGUCAAAGGGUCUCUUCAGUUCUUCCAGGAAGCCAAUGGGGUAACUCAUGUGAGUGGUAAGAUAACAGGGCUCAAACCAGGUCUUCAUGGAUUCCAUAUUCAUGCUCUUGGUGAUACCACUAAUGGCUGCAUCUCCACAGGACCUCAUUUCAAUCCAUUAAAGAAUGAUCAUGGAGCUCCUCAAGAUGAUGUACGCCAUGCAGGCGAUUUGGGUAACAUUGUUGCUGGUGAAGACGGAGUUGCUAAUGUAUCAAUUGAGGAUAAACAUAUUCCACUAAGUGGGCAGCAUUCCAUUCUGGGGAGGGCAGUUGUUAUUCAUGCUGAUCCUGAUGAUCUUGGAAGAGGUGGACAUGAACUUAGCAAGACAACCGGUAAUGCUGGUGCUAGAGUUGGUUGUGGUGUUAUUGGGCUUCAAUCUUCUGUGUAAACUAAGCUAAGAGGAGUACUGGAGUAGGAAGAAUCCUAAAACCAUGGUGGAUAUAGAUAGAGUAAUCAAUUUUUAUGUACUCUUUCCAUGGCUAAUAUAUUCAAAAUGAAUCGGGGAGAGUUAAUCCAAUGGUGUGU